CUUGUGAGGCGUUGAGAGAGUUGUGAGGCAUUACAUACAAUGGCGAUGAUAGUGGAUGCGUUUGCAGGAAAACUGGUGGAGAAGCUUGGAAAUGCCAUUGAAGAGAAGGCCAUCAUGGUUUUAGGCAUCAAGGAUGAACUCCAAAAGCUUCAGAGAAGGAUGAAGAGGAUCACAUGUGUACUCAAAGAUGCUGAGAGGAGACGAGGCUGUCAAAUUAUGGGUCGAUGAGCUGAAAGAUGUGAUGUAUGACGCUGAAGACAUCAUUGAUCUUUGCAUGAUACAGGGUAUGGGGCUCUUGCAAGAUGAUCAUAAUUCUCCGGCUGAGUCAAGUACUACGGCUUCCACACGGGUACGCUGCUGUAACUUUCCUAUGCUCUCUUGUGUGCGCAGUGUACCAUUUCGGUAUGAGAUUGCUGAUAAAAUUAAAAGUCUGAAUGAUAGAUUAACUGAGAUAUCUGAGGAUAAGGAUAAGUUUAAUUUCCUGAUUUUUUCUAAAUCAAGUAGUGAUGAUGCAUAUGUCAUGAAUGAAGCUUCUUAUCGCCAGAGUUCCUUCUUACCAGAAUCUGAUAUUGUGGGUUGGAAUAUUAAAGAUGCUACUAACAGCCUUGUUGAAUUAUUAGUCUCUCAGCAUCAACAGAAAUGCCGCCUUUUUGCGAUUGUUGGCAUGGGGGGUAUCGGUAAAACUACUCUAGCGCAAUUGAUAUAUAAUGAUUCCAAGAUAAAUGAUGAUUUUGUGUUGCAUUCAUGGAUUUGUGUUUCAAAAUUUUACACAUCAAGGACUGACUUGCUGAAGGAACUCAUAAGAAAUGUUGGAGGUACUUGUGGAGAGGCAACAACAACCGCAGAAUUACAAAAAAUACUUUGUGAUGUUUUACAUGGGAAGAGCUUAUUUUUGGUUUUGGAUGAUGUUUGGGAUGCAGAUGUAUGGAUUAAUUUAAUCAAAAAUCCAGUUAAAAGAACAACAACAAAAUGCAGGGUUGUGGUUACGACAAGAGACAGGAACAAUGCUAUAAAAAUGGGCGCAAUUUAUAUCCACAAUGUCAACAAACUACCUUUGAAUUUUGGUUGGGACUUGCUAUGCAAGAAAGUUUUCACAAAUAAUGAUGAGGGUGAGAUUCAAAGAAUGAAGGAUAUAGGGAUGAAGAUUGUUGAGAAAUGUGAUGGUCUUCCGAUCCAAAUAAAAGCCAUUGCGGGCGUUCUUAUAACAAAAGACCAAAAUAAAAUAGAAUGGGAGAAUGUACUUAACAGUAAUGCUUGGACUAUUACAGGACUUCCAGAAGAGCUCCAGGGAGCGCUGUACUUAAGCUAUGAAGCCUUACCUUCAGCACUAAAACAUUGUUUCCUUUAUUGCUCCCUCAACCAUCGUGAUCGUGAGUUGUGUUAUGAAAAUCUUGUCUGUGAGUGGAUUGCAGAAGGUUUCAUAGAACCAAAUGGAGAUGCAUCAAUGGAGGAUAUCGCGAAAGGUUAUUACAUGGAUCUGAUUAGAAGUAGUUUUUUACAACCUAAUCCGUUUUGGGUUAAUAUGUUUACAUGCACAAUGCAUGAUUUAUUGCGAGCCCUUGCUAUAUUUUUAACAGGUGGUGAAUGUCUUUCAAGAGAUCCUCAAGCAUCACAAAGCAACGGUUCUACGAUAAAAUUACGCCGUUUGACAAUUUCAAGUAAGAGGGAUAGUGUGAGCAUUCCACAUCUUGAUUAUCUUAGAAAUCUACGGUUAUGGACCCUUCCAAGUUUGGACACGCAAAUGAUUGGAAGCUUUAAGCAAUUGCGUAUAUUGUUGCUCAAUGGAGACGGAAUUGAGAAUAUCCCCGACAAUAUCGGGGAUUUAGUGCACUUAAGGCUUCUUGAUUUGCGGCAUACAAGAAUAUGCAAACUACCGGAUUCUUUGGGAAAUCUCAUCAACUUGCAGUUCUUGUUACUUGGUGAUUGUAAGUCUCUGCGCAUCCUUCCGAGAAGCAUAACUAGGUUAUGCAAUUUAAGGAGACUCAAUCUUGCCGGAACUCCUGUGAAUUAUGUGCCAAAGGGAAUAAAGAAGUUAGAACAUCUUAAUUAUCUGACAGGAUUUAUUGCUGAAGAAGCUAAUGGUGACAAUGGAGAGGGGUGCAACAUAAAAGAUCUACAAAUGCUUAAAAAUCUUAGUAAUCUUGUAAUAGACAAGUUAGAGAAAGCAAGUAAAUGCACUUCAGUGCUUUUAAACAAGCCUCGCCUCAAAACUGCUGUACUUCGUUGCACACCCGACAGUGGUAUAUGUAAUCAACAAAAGAUGGACAGGAUCAUACAAGUCUUUGAUGAGCUAUGCCCUCCACCAUGCCUUGAUGAUCUACAAAUUCAUUACUAUUUUGGUGAGAGAUAUCCACAGUGGAUGUCAUCCAAUUCCAUCAGUUCAACUCUUCCAGAACUGACUUAUUUGGAACUUAUUCAUUGCUCUAACUGCCCUCAGCUUCCCCAACUUGGCCAACUGCCCCAACUCAAGUAUCUAAAGAUCCGGGGGGCAACUUCAGUUAUAUCAAUCGGCAGUGAAUUUCUCGGCAAUGGAAAACUUGCAGCCAGUGCCUUCCCUAAGCUUGAAUACUUAAUACUCUUGGAAAUGACUAAUUGGGAGCAGUGGAGAGGAAGACAACGAGAUUGACUCUAGCAAGCAAAUACACUUCCCCUGUCUCCGCAGAAUUGUCAUUUGUGGCUGCCCCAAGCUAAAAGCUCUUCCACGAGGCUUGAAUCAUGUGCAAGAAUUGUAUAUUACAAGAGCUCACAGUCUUUCAAGGGUCUUUGAUCUACCUACCUUGAGAGAAUUGCGAGUCAUCGAUUGCCCAAUGUUGGACUGUGUUGAAAAGCUGGAGUCUUUGCAGAGCUUGAAGAUAACUGAUGAAAGGGAUGAUCGUCUCCCUAAAUGGCUUAUCUCUUUCCUCCAACAACACGAAAAGCAUCACAACAAUCGAUUCCAUUUGCGUUUGAGGUUUACUGCCCAAGCAUUGAAGGGAUGUUUGAAAGGGCGUCCCUAUUGGUGUUUCCUCCAGCAAGUUCCACGCUUGGAAGCCUAUGCAGAGAAUGAAAGCAUGUAUUUUAAGUACACCAAGGAACCAUUUUCCUACCAAACCAACAUUGAUGAAGACACAACUGAUGAGAACUAGGAUGAAAUCUUGAAGUUUCAUGAGAUGUAGGCGUCAUGAUUGGUAAGGAGUGGUGAGUAAACAUAUUCAACAUCGUCAAAAGGCUCAUGAUGAUCAAAUGAACAAUCAUCUCUUUGAUUGGCUCAUCUCUUUUCUCCAACAGCAUGAAAAGACUAGAGGGAUGUUUGAAAGGGGACGCUCACACUCAUUGUUCCUCAAGCAAGUACCCCUCCUUUUAUUCUAUACAGAGGACAAAAGCAUGUUUUAAUUUGAAAUGCAUCAAAGAACAAUAUUUCUAUGGAAACCAAUCUUUUCCUUGAAGACAUGUGGAGAUUAAGAGGAUGAAAUCUUUUAUUUGAAUUCGACUUAGAACAUCUAAGAAUGAGAUGUGAACAUGCAUUACCGGAGUACAAGGAGCAUGCUGCUAUGCUUUGGCCUCCUCCCUUACCAUGCUUUCUUUUAUUUUCAACGUUCUAUGUGGAUAUGGUGGGCAAGCAAUGACGUAAUCCAUCAGAUACAGUUCACGCUCAUGAUAUUGAUUCAUUCUCCAACUUUAUCUAUUCACACUCUUCCAGUUCCUUCAGAAUCAAUUGACUAGUGAACUGGCCUUGAAGCCAGGAUUCUAGCUCAAAAAUGAAAUGAUUCAUAUGUGGAAGUGUUAUUGGAUGUGAGAACAUGAAAACAGGCAAGCAUAUUGAAUUCUUAUCAACUGAGAUUUGCUUUAAUUUUCACAGAAGGUCCAGAAAAGAUAGGUAAGCAUAUUUGCAUGGGAAUGACCUGAUGAAUGCACUGCAAAACUGUUUGAGAGUGAUCUCUAAUCUCACAAGACAGGCAUGAGCGAUUAAAGAUACAACAAAGGGAUUCAAAUGUUUUAUGUUUUGAGUUCUUCCUCCUUCUCCUCACUCUCUUUAAUUUUGUUUGUGACUUGAACUGAAACUCUC